AUGGAAAGCAUUCUCGAAGUAAUCCUCAAGUCAUCCCUUCACUGCACCAAUCCGGAUAUGCGAGCACAAUUCGAACAGGAGCGGGUCAAAGCACCACCUGCGCAGUACAAGGUUCCGGUUGUCGAAGUCCGCAUCAGCGAUCCAGACAACCUAGGUUCUGAGGAGAACAGGUCAACCGCCGCCAUGUCAACCGAUCGACUCGACAGCAGGCACGCUGACCCUCUGGUUAUCAGCGAGAUCGUCCCAGACCGAAGCGAGAACUGGCCCCGAUACAUGCUCCGUAUAUGUGUCUUGUUUCUGGCCGGGUACCUCGCAACUCAGCUCGUGUACCAGCUGCUACAACUGCUUCUCAACCCUGGUAAAUACGGACAUAUCGUCAUGGUUCCAUACUGGCUCGGUCGAUAUUGGAGACUCGAUCGCGGGACGUACUGCAGCACUGUACUUGGUGUUCUUAUAGCGACCAACGACAUCAUUCCAGACCCAAGCAAACCAUGGCUUCGAUACAUUCACCGAAUAUGUUGGCAUUGUGCCAUUGGCUGGUUUGGGUCAUGGCUCCUAAUCGACGAACUGGUCUCGAGUAUCCUCUUCUACACUACUUCGCAAGGCACUGAUGGUUAUGACCCCUUCCUUGCCUAUGGGGCCUUUCUCCAGAGUUGUUGCUGGAACGUGGCAGUCGGCCUGCUCGUUGCAUUCUACAACGAAAUCACAAGCUUGUUGAGUCCUGCUGGUAGCGAUAAGCGUCGAGGCACAGAAUGCACAUGA